CGAAGGCGGCAUCUACAUCCACAUGGUAGCUGGGUACAAAAGCAACACUUUCUUUUCUCCAGCAGAUCUCACGUCAUCUCGAGGAUUCAGUUCGGCUCCAUAGCUGAAGAUCUUCUUGUGCGUAUUAUCGUUCAGAAUAAGGAGUGUCGAGAACCGCACGGUACACCGGUUCGUUUCGGGCCAUAAUUCCGAAAUCCAAAAGCGGAACCCCAAACCAGCACUGCCAUGGCGUCGUCUCUACCAUCACCAUGACUGACAGCAACAAGGACAGUGGCGACGACGUGCAGCCGUCACGACUACCGCAAGAGUCGAGCUCAUAUGCAAUUUCUUCAAGCUCUCCGAUAGCACCCCCACCACCGUAUAGUAGUGAUGUUGAACAUGGAGCAGUGAACACGAGCGAGAACCGUCUUUUGUAUUCCGCCAAUCCGAAUUCUGUACCCAUUUCUCAUCCAUCCACUUUAACCCAUGUGUCGCGAUCGUCUUCAAAGAGAUCUCUUCGGGCUAUAAUUUUCUUCGUAAUUUGCGUCUUCGCACUCACUCUUCACUUCCACAUCCGAUCUGUGAAGGAUAAAAAGCACCAGCUCACACUCGAUGGUCUCGCAUGGGCUGACCUAACCCCAUCAAAACGCUGUCUCCAUUUUGACACGAGAGAGUAUUCCGCUCAGUUGAUGGGCGUGCCCAGAGGCGAAGGUGGCUUGCGGUUGUGUAAAGAGAAGGGGAUUAUCAUUCACGGCAUCAACAUCAAGCAGCCAGGGUAUUGUACUGUUGACGUCGAUAAUUCGGCGCCCACGAAGCCUCGGAUUUACGGCCAUUGGACGGUUGAUUCGAACGAGCCGAGUUGCAAAACGCUGUGGGAAAACUUUCAGGAUAAGGGGUGCGUGGCGACUGGCUCGAAGACUCGCCGCAUUGAAGCCCACAUGGGUAACCACCAACCGCCAUGGGAUAAUUGGCGAGAAAUGUGUUCUACCACUCCCGCGGACUACGAUGGCCAUCACUUCGACCAGCCGGAUAGUUGUGACCACAGGGGUAUUUUCAGCGGGGUCUGGGGUGUUUGGUUUGUUAGAGACGAAAGUUGCUAAUCCAACGUAUU